UGGCAUCCUACGCAGAGCAAGGAAAGAAGAGAGUUUGUUACCUGAGUGCAUACAUCGUUUUAGCCUACGCUGUCUUGGAAGCACCUUAUUGUGGCUGUUCUCGGUCAUUUUGGGCGUCGUCUUUCUCACCUGUGUGCAGCAGGUAUCAUUUGUCUUUUUUGUUUCUUUUCUUCUUCUUUUUUGGAGGAGACAGAGGUGUUAUCUACAGCAGCACACUGUGGAUGAAGACUCACUCCUCGGUUUUUUUCAUGGAAAGAAGACUCUAUAAUGGGUGCCUAGCAUGGCUGUGGCUCCUGAACCGACGACCCAGGGACCGGUAUGGCUUUUAGCCGCAUCAGUAAACUGGACCCCCCGUCCCGAGGCAUCUUCAGGAAAGCGGCGGUCAUGCUGUGCUCCCUCCUCACCUCUCUCUUCCUUCUGCACUGCCUCGCCGACCGCAGCAGCACCACCUCGCCCUCACCGGUCAAAGCGUCCUCCAGCCGGGCUACGGGGCUCUUCGAGGACUUAAGGUCGCUGAGGACUAAAAGACUUGCGUACGAAUGGACCGCCGGGUCGGAGCUGAUGGGCUACGGGGCCGCCAGGCGCUCCUCGCGGGUCCUCUCGGAUGAGCGCGCGAGGCAGAUUUUGGAGCUGCCCGAGGAGUCUUUCAUCUUGCCGCCUCCGGAUAUAGUUGCUUCCAGGAAAGUGUCGCCGAGGUUCGCAGGUAAACUCAGUCCGCUCGGGGAGGGGAGAAAGAAGCUGCCCCAGGCUCUCAUCAUCGGGGUGAAGAAAGGAGGGACCCGGGCUUUGCUGGAGUUUCUCCGGGUUCAUCCAGACAUCAGAGCCGUGGGCGCGGAGCCGCACUUCUUCGACCGCAACUAUGAGAACGGACUGGAGUGGUACAGGGAGCUGAUGCCUAAGACCCUGGAGGGCCAGAUCACCAUGGAGAAAACCCCCAGCUACUUUGUGACCAGAGAGGCUCCAGCCAGAAUAUCCGCCAUGUCCCGGGACACCAAGGUGAUCGUGGUGGUGAGGGACCCCGUCACCAGGGCUAUCUCGGACUACACACAGACACUGUCCAAGAAGCCUGACAUCCCCUCUUUCGAGAGCCUCACCUUCAAAAACAGGACUACGGGGCUCAUCGACACCUCGUGGAGCGCCAUCCAGAUCGGCAUCUACGCCAAGCACCUGGACAACUGGCUGCAGUACUUCCCCAUGAAGCAGAUCCUGUUUGUGAGCGGCGAGCGGCUGAUCAGCGACCCGGCCGGAGAGCUGGGCCGCGUGCAGGACUUCCUGGGGCUCAAGAGGAUCAUCACAGACAAACACUUUUACUUCAACCAGACCAAGGGUUUCCCGUGCCUCAAGAAGGCAGAGGGCAGCAGCAAGCCCCACUGCCUGGGCAAAACCAAAGGGCGGACCCAUCCCAACAUUGACCCUGAGGUGGUGCAGAGGCUACGGGACUUCUACAGGCCCUUCAACAUGAAGUUCUACCAGAUGACUGGGCGUUUUUUUGGCUGGGAUGACUGAAUGUGUUUUUCUCUGAGAGAGAAAUACGGCAACGGAGUAUUAGGCUCACUCUACCGGGGUGAUUAGGUCGUAAUAUUUCAGGAACGGUCGUAAUGUUACAGAAACAAGUCUAACAUUACGAAAAAUAUACAAUUUUAAACAAACCGAGUCCUGAAAUGAAUGAAAAAUAAGUAGAACAUUUUGUGAAUAACCCAAUAAUCUGUUGAACUAACAAGGUUUUUGCAAGCAAAUACCUUUUAUAGUAUUUAUGGAGAGUCAGGCAAUGCUAAAACAUGCACAUUUAGUCUAAUCUAAUUAUGACAUUUUGGUUGGUAUACUCUCGAAAACAUGACUUCUCUGAAUAAAAGUUCUAACUUCAUUUUUUUUCUCAUAAAUAUACGACUUCAUAUAUUGUGACUUUUUUGGAAUCACAGUGAGAUUUCAUUCUGUUAAAAGUAUGACUUUUCUCUUAAUAUAUAAAUAUAUAUAACAAAUAAAUAUAAUUGGGAAUAUAACAACCAAAAUGGUACAGGACAAGUCUUUUUUUUGCCAAAAUACAUUGACUCAAAAUAUUGUGUUUUUUUUCCUGAAAUAUUAUAGCUUUUUUACUGAAAAUAUUAUGAAUUUUUUUUUUUUUCAAAACAGUGUUCCCUGUACUCCGUCCUCAGCACUAACCUUGAUCAAUAUGUGGCUGUUCCAGGAGAGAAAGAGGCCCAAUCUCCUCUCAGUGGGCACCCCAGAUAUGCAAUAUUUCACUGUUACAUAUUCCAUCUUAAUCCACAAUCAUACAGAUAUUUUCUUUCUGAAAACACAUUGAGUCGUUGGAAGGAUUUGCGUCAUAUCUCCUUGAACUAUCUGAAUUUUUUUUUUUUCCAGUGUGAAGUCGUUGGCUGUGACACAGAAAUAAUGUACAGUAUGCAGUGCUUCUUUAAGAAGAUGGGUGAAAUCACAUUGUGUCCAGGGGCUUUCAAUAAAAGCAGUUACCGAGUGA